UCAGUCUUUGUAUUGGAGACUGGAAACACUCCUCCCACUACCCUACGCCCCACCCCCCCACCCCCUCAACCCCAACCAAACUCCAUCCUCCAAGAAGCUCAUUUUAGUCUCUCUCUCCACUCAAUUAAUUCCUUCUUCAUUUUCAUUUAAGAAAAAAUUAAAGAAUUACUAAGUACUAGUACAUGUCUUGAUCACAACUCAAUACAGUAGUAUUUAUUUGGCCACAGCCCACAUGGAGUUAAAUUGAAACUCUAAAAACAAGUGCACAACCCAUUCUUGUACAUUUUAUAUUAGCUCAUGCCUGGGAGUUGCUGUUAGUCAGACAAGACUCAGAAUUUGGAAGGAGGAAAAGAGAAGAAGAGAAUUAAUUCCAUUUUUUAAAUUUAUUCUAGAGUUUUGAGAAUUCUUGGAAAUAGUGAAAAUAGUCAUGAACAUGUUGUACUAGACCUUUGGUUUCUUGAAUUGUAGUCUGGAAAUUAUGGAUUUGCUGGGAGUUGUGCUACCAAUAUUGGCAAGUAGUGAAGAAAAUAAUUGGUGUUUUCUUCAUCAUUACACAACAAGACAAUGCCAAUAUGGUAUAUCACAACAAGAACAAAUAGAGGAAGAAUUACAAGAAGAAGAAACAAGAAAUUCCACAAGAAUUUAUGUUAUGGCUUCUAGCUGUUCCAAGAUUUCACCAAUCAUUUCCAUUUUUGUUUUCUUCCUCUUCUUUAUCUUCUCUGUUUGUCCUGUUUUGUCAAUAGAAACAGAACAAUUCAACCUAGCCAACCAAACUUUUAAGCCAGGUGAUGAGCUUCACAAGAUGAAAAUGAUUAAAUCUCAUCUUAUGAAAAUCAAUAAGCCUUCUCUCAAGACAAUUAAGAGUCCUGACGGAGAUCUUAUAGAUUGUGUAUUAUCUCAUCAACAACCAGCUUUUGAUCACCCUCAGUUAAAGGGCCAAAAGCCAUUGGAACCACCUGAGAGGCCAAAAUCAAGGCACAACUCAAAUUCAAUGGAGUUCGAAAAUUUCCAACUUUGGAGCUUUUCUGGAGAAACAUGUCCAGAAGGAACUAUUCCAGUUCGAAGAACAAAAGAACAAGACAUUCUAAGAGCUAAUUCAAUUCGAAGAUUUGGUAGAAAAAUUAGAAGACCAGUUCGUAGAGACACUACUAGUAAUGGCCAUGAGAUUUUGUUUCUAUUUCAAUUUUUGGAAAAACAGCAUGCAGUUGGAUAUGUAACUGGAGAUCAAUAUUAUGGUGCAAAAGCAAGUAUAAAUGUGUGGGCGCCUAAAGUUACCAACCAAUAUGAAUUCAGUUUAUCACAAAUGUGGGUUAUUUCUGGUUCAUUUGGUGAUGAUCUCAACACCAUUGAAGCUGGUUGGCAGGUAAGCCCAGAGCUAUAUGGGGACAAUUAUCCAAGGUUUUUCACCUACUGGACCAGUGAUGCAUACCAAGCCACAGGAUGCUACAAUUUGCUGUGUUCAGGAUUUGUUCAAACCAAUAAUAAAAUAGCAAUUGGGGCAGCAAUUUCACCAACAUCCUCUUAUAGUGGUGGCCAAUAUGAUAUCAGCAUCAUGAUUUGGAAGGAUCCAAAGCAUGGACAUUGGUGGCUGGAGUUUGGAUCAGGAGUAUUAGUAGGAUAUUGGCCAUCAUUUUUAUUCACACACCUUAGGAGUUCAGCAAGUAUGAUACAAUUUGGAGGUGAAAUAGUGAACAGUAGGAGCAAUGGAUUUCACACAUCCACACAAAUGGGAAGUGGACAUUUUGCUGGUGAAGGUUUUGGGAAAGCUUCUUAUUUUAGGAAUUUGCAAGUGGUGGAUUGGGAUAAUAGUUUAAUACCAUUGUCUAAUCUCAAAGUAUUGGCUGAUCAUCCUAAUUGUUAUGAUAUUCAAGGAGGAGUUAAUCGCGUUUGGGGUAAUUAUUUUUAUUAUGGAGGGCCUGGAAGAAACCAACGUUGUCCUUAAAAGAGGGGGGAAAAAAGGUACAUGUUUUUUUCUUUUUUCUUUUUUCUUUUUUGGUUUCUUAGUUUUGGGUGAAUGGGGUGUCCUUUUUAUUAUUCUUUCCAUUGUAUUCUUAAGUCUAACAAAGUGGUUCAUCAAAAUUAGUUAUUAUGCCACCUUUAACUAGGAGUCGUGUAAAUUGGCAAAGAAAAUAGUGAAUAUAAUAUGUUUUUUGCUGUGUUAA